CGAUUCUCAACGUCGACGCAACAUGCUGGCCUCCAAGUCGCUCUCCCUCUCUACCACGGCGCGCCGCGCGCUCGGAGCCACGCGUGGCAUGGCCGGAGGCCGCGCCGCCUUCAACUGGAAGGACCCGCUGAUGCUGGAGGGCCAGCUGACGGACGAGGAGGCCAUGAUCCAGAAAUCCGCCAAUGACUACUGCCAGGGCAAGCUGCUGCCCAGGAUCGUGGAGGCCAACCGCAAGGGCAAGUUCGACCGCUCCAUCAUGAAGGAAAUGGGCGAGAUGGGCUUCCUAGGCCCCACGAUCCAGGGCUACGGCUGUGCCGGCGUGGGCUACGUCUCCUAUGGACUCAUCGCGAACGCCGUGGAGCGUGUGGACAGCGCGUACCGCUCGGCUAUGAGUGUGCAGUCGUCCUUGGUGAUGCACCCGAUCAACACUUUCGGUUCGGAAGAGCAGAAGGAGAAGUACCUGCCCCGCCUCGCUACUGGCGAGCUCAUCGGCUGCUUUGGCCUCACGGAGCCCAACCACGGCUCCGACCCUGGCUCGAUGGAGACGCGCGCCAGACUCAAGGGUGACAAAUACGUACUCAACGGCUCCAAGAACUGGAUCACCAACGCACCAAUCGCCGAUGUGUUCCUCGUCUGGGCCAAGGACGACGAAGGUGACAUCCGUGGCUUCAUCUUGGAGAAGGAUUUCCCCGGUCUGUCAGCCCCGUACAUCGAGGGCAAGGCGACUUUGAUGGCAUCAGCCACUGGUAUGAUUUUCCUUGAGGACGUCGAAGUCCCCAAGGAGAACAUGCUGCCUAAGGUGAAGGGCCUCAAGGGUCCUUUCACCUGCCUGAACAGUGCUCGCUACGGCAUUUCCUGGGGAGCCCUGGGUGCUGCAUACUCGUGCAUGGACAUUGCCCGUCAGUACACGCUCGAUCGAUCGCAGUUUGGUGCUCCUCUUGCGGCUAACCAGCUCAUUCAGAAGAAGCUCGCGGAUAUGAACACGGAAAUUGCGAUUGGUCUGCAAGGAUGCCUGCAAGUUGGCCGUCUGCUGGACGAGGGGAAGGCACCUGUGGAGCUCAUCUCGAUGGUCAAGCGCAACUCGUGCGGCAAGGCCAUCGAGAUUGCACGCAAUGCCCGCGACAUGCUCGGCGGCAACGGCGUCUCGGACGAGUACCACAUCAUCCGUCACGUGGUGAACCUGGAGGCUGUCAACACCUACGAGGGAACUCACGACGUGCAUGCCCUCAUUCUGGGUCGUGCUAUCACCGGCCUACCAGCGUUUGUGCCUCGCAUGGCACCGUAGAGCGAGUGUAUCUCCGGGUUGGCUAGGCGAUAGAGAACUGUCGAACUAACUAGCAAACAGCGUGCGUAUUGGAUAACGUUU